AUGGCAGAUGAUUUCAACAGAUUCUUUGCAAAUGUAGGCAAAAGUACUUUUGAGAAAUGUCAUCCUGAAUGUAACACUUUGUUUAAAAUCCAAUCUAUCGACAUAGUAGACACUAUUGCACUUAUAAAGCAUUUUAAAAACACAAUUUCUUCUGGCUCAGACGUUGAUCAAGAAAGGCAUUGCUUGGCCCUCAGAUCGAAGUUGAAAUUUAGAAAUCCCGAAGGAGCCUUGAAUGAGACUGGUGCAUUCAAAGACACUGUAAAGCCUCUCUACUGGACUCGUAGUGUAUGGGAGCUUGAUCCAGAUGACCCUGAUAAUAAUGGCUAUAGGAAUGAGGACCUGAUUGUCUGGAUGCGCAGUGCAGCUUUUCCCACCUUCCGUAAACUCUACCGUAAAAUUGACCACAGCCAGGAGGGUUUCAUCAAUGGACUUCCUGCAGAUCGUUACUAUUUGGAAGUUGACUACAAUUACCCAGUGGAUUCAUUUGGUGGCAAGAAGCGAAUGAUUCUCUCCACAACCAGCUUCUUAGGUGGCAAAAAUAACUUCCUCGGUAUUGCAUACAUCACAGUGGGAGCUAUCUGUCUCCUGCUUGGAAUCAUUUUCCUUAUUAUCCACAUCAAAUUUGGGAAGAGGGCUGGUGAUCAACUGAGUAUAAACCAGAACACGCCAUACAGUGACUAGAAGAACUUUGUUUCAUAUUAAGUCAUAUCUUAUUGUAAAGUUUCCAAAGAAAGGGGAAGAGGUUCAGUGUGGG